AUGGACGAUUUCAAUUUCAGAGUUAAAGGAAUUCCUGAAAGCGAUUCGUCAGAACUUUUGCGUGUACAUUUAACAGAUUUAAAAAAUGCAAAUAAAAAUGAACUUCCACCUUUUAUUGAAAAAAUACCAUUAAUAAUUCCUUCGAAAAAUAUUAUAUUCUAUGUGAAAAAUGUUGUCAAGAAUGCAGUUCUUAGUGUAUUGUUUGACUGGACGUCACCAAUUGCUCACCCUUUAAACGUCAUUUUAUAUAUAUUUAUUUAUGUUCCGUUACUUUUUGUUUUGUAUCCUUUUGAAAUUAUUUUACGUUUUGUUGAAUGGAACGGCUGGACUCGAUUAGAAGGAACUGUUUUAGAACAUUGGAAACAAUUAAGCGAUGAAGUU